GGUUCUUAUUGGUUUAUUCAAUCUUUGAACCUGAGCAACAAUAGUUUACAUGGAGAGCUUCCAUCAACCUUGCGAUCUUGCUACUGGUUGGAGAUUUUGGAUCUUGGCAACAAUCAACUAUAUGGCAUUAUACCUUCAAGCAAAUGGGAAGGUAUUAUUAGGCUGAAAAUUCUCAGGCUUCGCCAAAACAAAUUUAGUGGUAGUAUCUUAUCAAGCCUCUGCCAACUCACUUACUUGCAAAGCUUGGAUUUGGCAAGUAACAACUUAAAUGGCACAAUUCCAUUUUGCAUUCAGAAUCUGAAGGGAAUGAUACACGCAUUGCAUAGUAGAUCAAAGGCAGCUGAAGAUUCUCAACCUCCUGUUGAAUUAUCUAUUGCACCACUUGCAUUUAGUCCUGCCCCAACAUUUAGUCCAUCAUAUAUUUCUAGCUUUGAUCAAUGGGAAAAAGAUGUCAAGCAAUUCAUGAAAGGAAGAGACUUGAUUUCACAAAAAAUCUCAAGUUUGUAAUUAACAUGGACUUGUCAAGCAACAACCUUGUUGGCUUUAUACCAGAAGUUUUAACUUCUCUUACUGGACUGGUUAGCUUGAAUUUAUCACACAACUCUUUAUUAGGAGAAAUUCCAAGCAAAAUAGGGAAAAUGAAGUUUCUAGAAUCACUGGACCUCUCAAGGAACCAACUUGAAGGCCCACUUCCAAGUAGCAUGUCUUCUUUAACAUCACUAAGCCACUUGAAUCUAUCAUACAACAACUUUUUAGGGCCAAUUCCAGAGGGAAACCAGUUCUUCACUCUUGAGGAUUCAUCCAUUUAUGCUAGAAAUCAAUAUCUGUGUGGAGAACCUAUGUUGAAAAAAUGCUCCUGUGAUGACAAUAAUGAAGCUCCAACUUCUGAAGGCAAUGAUGACAGCAACAAGAAAGAAAAGAUCCUGUUUUACUUUAUUGUUGCCCUUAGUUUCAUGAUAGGAUUCAAGGGAACUAUUCGGGUCCUGUUUUUCAACAAGUGUUUAAGGUUUGCUUGUUUUAGAUAUGUGGAGAAAAUAGAUGAUGAAAUAUAUGUUGCAAUAGCAAUAAGACUUGCCAGAAUCAAGAGAAUAUGGUAGAAAU